AUGUUCUGGCGGACAGUACUACUUGGGGCCUUCGUGACGUCAGUGUCUGGUCAUGGGCGGGUGCUACAGCCUCCAGGUAGAGCCUCCAUGUGGCGUAUGGGGUUCAGCAGCCCACCAGACUAUGAUGAUGACGGCCUCAAUUGCGGCGGUUUCGAUAGACAAUACAGGACAAAUCGGGGAAAAUGCGGGGUCUGUGGCGACGCGUACGACAUGCGCCCCCCUCGUACCCACGAAUUAGGGGGCACAUAUGGUAAAGGCACGGUCGUUGGAACAUACAGAUCUGGGCAAAUCUUGGAAGUGACAGUCGAAAUCACCGCCUUCCACAAGGGCUAUUGGUACUUCAAAAUCUGUCCAGAUCCCAAAAGGGAGACCCAGAGAUGCUUCGACAAGUACCCUUUACAUCUAGAGGAUGGUGGGGUACGCUACUACCCACCGAAGGGGGGAACCCAUAGAAUGCGUUAUCGCUUACCUAACGGUCUUUCGUGUGACCACUGCGUUUUACAAUGGAGAUAUGUAGCUGGUAAUAACUGGGGACGAUGUGAUAAUGGAACCGAGAGUGUUGGGUGUGGAAAUCAAGAAACCUUUGGAGCCUGUUCUGAUAUAUCCAUCUCUCCCUUUAGAUAUGUUGAUGCGGAGAGUAUACCGUUGGAUAUUAAGUCUGCAGAAGGGCUCUUCAAGUUGCUUCAAAAAGCAAAUGUGGCGCCAUAUACCACAAAGCCUAAGAAAAAACCCAACAAGAAGAAAAGCCGUAGACAACCUAGAAAGGGGAAUAAGAGGAAAAGGAAAAAGGCGAAGUCUAUGGACUCUUGGAUUUCAAACUGGCUUUAA